AUGGACAGUUUCGAUUCAGGGUAUGGGAUUGACGGAUGGCACUGGGGAAGAGCAAUAAAGGCGGGCACCAAUGAUUCCGAUGCUGAACGCCCGCCGGUGAGCACGAAUAUUUCUGGAUGCGAUAACUGCGUUCCACUGUUCGUUGGCCUCCAAGACACGGGCUAUUCUCUGGCGGGAGGUGGAGCUAUUCCAGAGCGGUGCACUGUGAAGGAGGACUUUCGUUUUGUGGAAUCCAUUGGUGCCAUGGAAGAACUAAGGCAAGCUAUGGCGUUUUGGACCUGA